GUUUUUUCUUUUCUCGAAAAACGAACAAGAAAGAACGGGCUCUUCGUAGCAGAGGCUCUGCCCUAGCACUCAUCAGUCUCCAUUCCCGUCGCCGCCGUAUCGGCGCACCCACCUCCCCGCGCCGCCGUAACAACAUUGCCGCAGCGCUGCCGCUCAGAGAAUGUCGAACAACCAGUUGAUCGUGCACAUUCCAGACGAGCAGCCUCACGACCUUCACCACCAACCUACCGUUACUGUUUUUGCUUCAUCCAUUAACCCAAAGCAUGCCAACCAAAUUGUUAGACGUUUGAAUCAGAUAGCACCACUCGGCGACCUCCGUCACGUGAAACGAAUUUGGAAGAAAGUUCUUGAAGGAGGACAAAUAGAGCUAUCAGUGGUCUUGUGCCUGGCUUAUGAAGGUGAUAAUCAGUUGGAUGAUGUGCCACCUCAUCUUCAGGAGAUGAUCAGUUCCUAUCAGUUGAGUCCUUUUAUUACAAAUGUCUGCAAAUUUGAAGCAACAUCAAAAGAAGAGUGGCAAGAGCAGUGCAAGUUUUGGCCAACGUCAUAUCAUCCAAGAACUUACAGCAUUGAUGGCAUUACUGGAUUUAGCGAGGAGGACUCGGAUUCAGUUUUGAAGUUUAUGCAAUCUGCAGUAGAGUUGGCAACAUCUGAUGGCUUGGUAAAUGUAGUCAAUGCUGCAGUGAUAGUGGAUCCUUCAGCUAAGCAAAUAAUUUCAACUGCACGUGAUCAGGUUUUUAUUUGGAACACUUGCAAAGAUGACAGCUGUUAUAGAAAACCAGAUUUACUUAGUUGUCAUCCUAUUUCCAAUAGAUUGGAUCCCCAGAAACCGAUGCAUUUAAGAAGUUCCUGCAAUCAUCUCAAACAAUCUUAUACAAAUGUUGCUUGCCUAUAUCCUGGGCAAUGGACUGAGCAGCAAUCACAUUCACAGAGUUCAUAUUAUUGUCAUCCUUUACGUCAUGCUGCCAUUGUAGCUAUAGAAGCAUCUGCUGCCAGGGAUAGACGACUUUUCCCCAACAAUGAGGGCAGUAAAGAAAAAUAUUUGGAAUUGGAUCAUGAAAGUCAUUCUACAAGCUCUCCUUCAAAGAGGCAGAAAACUGGUUGUGCAACUGUUAUGGAUAAUGACAAAUUGAAUGCUCAUAGUCAAACUUCCAAUCAGAUUGAGGAUAAUGACAAAUUGAAUGCUCAUAGUCAAACUUCCAAUCAGAUUGAGGAGAAUGAUAAUUUGAACCCUAAUCUGCUGUCAGCACGGCCUUACUUAUGCACUGGUUAUGACAUAUAUCUUGCUUGGGAACCUUGCACAAUGUGUGCCAUGGCCCUUGUCCAUCAGAGAAUUAGGCGAAUAUUUUAUGCUUUUCCAAACCCUAAAACCGGUGCCUUGGGCAGUGUUCACAGAUUACAAGGAGAAAAGAGCUUAAAUCAUCAUUAUGCUGUUUUCAGAGUUUUGAUCCCUGAAGAAGCUCUCCAUAAAUGUCAUACGUCAGUUUCAGAAGCUGAAGAAACUGGUAUUUGACUAGUUAUUUAGUAGCAUAUGCAGUUUCUUAAAGUUCAAGAGUGGAUGAAGAAGUAUUUUAGCCAUAGAGACUAUUUAUUAGUGAAUUUUGAAUAAUGUUUAGUGAUUAAGUAGUAGAUGUACCUUUGGAUUGUCAUACUUAUGUCAAUUUUGAAAGCAAUUUUUGUGCUUGUAGAGGAAAUCAGGGUCACAUUGACACUUGUACUGUUGUACACCAAUAUGUAUUCGAAUUUUGUUACCAAUCUAAUGACCUCUUUUUUUCUGAAAA